AUGCCGACGGACUCUGAAUGCGAGUGUGACUUAGUGUCUAAGGAGUGGCUGCUAGCAAAGUUGCGAUCGGACGAGAGAGACACUAUCCUGAUAGAUUGCCGUGGAUCAAAUGAGUAUGCUGUGUCGCAUAUACGGUCAGCAGUAAAUUUCUCGAUACCGAGUAUAAUGUUAAGGAGAUUAGCUGCCGGAAAGAUAGAGUUGGCAUCAACCGUUCAGUGCAAGGAAUUAAAGGCGCGAAUUACACAUUGUUGUUCGAGAGGAACUUUUGUGCUGUACAGUGAUGGAGCAACUCGGGAACCUGACUCGGUCCAUGGCAUCUUGCUGAAGCGACUUAAACAAGACGGAGUGAAAGUUGUGUGCCUAGAAGGUGACUUCGCGGAGUUUCAUCGGACAUAUCCCGAGUGGUGCAGCGAAGCGGGCGGUCAGCAUCUGCCUCACUUGCCACUCAUGGGACUGCGGUCGCUGCGCAUCUCGGGCGCGGGAUGCGACGAGGCGCUGUCUUCGGGGUCGUCUUCGGAGUGCGAAGAGACGCACGCGCCGCAAGACUUCCCCGUCGAGAUCCUGCCCAAUCUAUUCCUCGGAAAUUCCGCUAACAGCGAGGACUGCGAGGCGCUCGCCCGCCACAACAUUAAGUAUGUGCUGAACGUGACCCCCGACCUGCCCAACACGUUCGAGCAGGGAUGCGGCAUCAGCUACCUCAAGAUCCCCAUUGCAGACCACUGGAGCCAGAAUCUGUCAGUGCACUUCCCGCAGGCCAUUCACUUCAUCGAAGAGGCGAUGUCGGCCGGCUGCGGCGUGCUGGUGCACUGCGUGGCCGGCGUGUCCCGCUCCGUGACCGUGACGCUGGCCUACCUCAUGCAGCGGCACCGGCUUUCGCUGCGGGACGCCUUCGAGCUGGUGCGCUCGCGCAAGACGGACAUCGCGCCCAACUUCCACUUCAUGCGGCAGCUGCACUCGCUGGAGCGGGACCUGGGCCUGCACGAGCGCUCCGCCCCUCUGAGUAAGGUGCUGGAGGAGACGGGCGCGCGUGAGCCCGCCGAGCGCUGCGGCUGCGACGGCGCCGUAGGCGUCUCGCCCGACUCCGGCAUCGAGUUCGACCGCUGGAGCGCCGCCCGCGACACGCCGCGCUGA